UCCAUGAAGGAACACGGUACUGUACCGUACUGCACUCUUUCGCUGCCCCCAUGAAACCGCCAUGGUUCCAGCUUUUUUUUUUUUUAACCCACAGUUUUAAAAUGACAGUAUGUUUGUAUACCUGUUUGUCCACUUGAAAUACAUGGACCACAAGAAUGGCUUCAUGUUCUGACAGAAGAAAAGCUUAUGCAAGGUGUGCUGCUACCUCCUCCUUCCGGGCCCGUGCCCCGUCCCUCGCUCCUUCAUACGACCAUCCAGACUGGAACCCCCGUCUCUCUAUGAUCUCUGGAAAUCAGCUCUAUAUGUUAGACCAGGAGGAGGUUCACCCCUUGUUGAUGCGAGAGCGUCGCUCGGAGCCGCACAGGAACAAGCUGCUGCGCAGGACCGUCAGUGUGCCUGUUGAGGGGAGGCACCACCCCGAGAUCGAGCACGCUCGCGCUCGACGCAAGAGCUUAGCUACCGGGAAGCAGCCAAGCAUGGAGACCCCUCCCACUGCCCCCCCUCAACCCUUCCGACAAUCCAGUUUUCUCAGUAGGAGGUUAAAGAGCUCCAUCAAGCGGGCUAAGAGUCAGCCCAAACUGGACCGCACCAGCAGCUUCCGCCACAUGAUCCUGCCUCGCUUUCGCAGCGCCGACCAGGACAGGACUCGUCUAAUGCAGAGCUUCAAGGAGUCCCACUCCCAUGAAUCCUUGUUGUCCCCCAGCAGUGCAGCUGAGGCCCUGGACCUCACGCUGGAUGAGGAUGCCAUCAUCAAACCUGUCCACUCAAGCAUCUUGGGCCAGGAGUUCUGUUUUGAGGUGACUACGGCUUCGGGGACUAAGUGCUUUGCCUGUCGUUCGGCAGCUGAGCGGGACAAAUGGAUCGAGAAUCUGCAGCGAGCCGUCAAACCCAACAAGGACAACAGCCGGAGGGUGGACAACGUGCUGAAGCUGUGGAUCAUUGAGGCGCGCGACCUUCCUCCCAAGAAGCGCUACUACUGCGAGCUGUGCCUGGACGACAUGCUUUAUGCACGCACCACCAGCAAGCCCCGUACUGACACCGUGUUCUGGGGAGAGCACUUUGAGUUCAACAACCUACCCGCUGUCCGCAACCUACGCUUGCACCUCUACAAGGAGACUGACAAGAAAAGACGGAAGGAAAAGAGCACCUACUUGGGCCUCGUAAGCAUCCCCAUUUCGAGCAUCACGGGACGGCAGUUUGUUGAGCAGUGGUACCCAGUGAUCCAGCCCAGUGUCUUGGCCAAGACCGGUGGCGUGGGGAGUGGCAAAAUCAUCAAUGCCUCCUUGCGCCUUAAGUCACGCUACCAGACCAUGAGUAUCCUGCCCAUGGAGCUGUAUAAGGAGUUUGCUGAAUACGUGACCAACAACUACCGCACACUAUGUGCUGUGCUGGAACCACUGCUGAGUGUUAAGAGCAAGGAGGAGGUGGCUUGUGCCCUCGUGCACAUUCUCCAGAGUACGGGCAAGGCAAAGGACUUUCUGUCUGACAUGGCAAUGUGUGAGGUGGACAGAUUCAUCGACAGAGAGCAUCUCAUCUUUAGAGAGAAUACACUGGCAACUAAAGCCAUAGAAGAGUACCUCAAGCUAAUCGGACACAAGUACCUCAAGGAUGCUAUAGGCGAGUUUAUCAGAGCCCUGUAUGAAUCAGAAGAGAACUGCGAGGUUGAUCCAAUGAGGAUUCCACCCUCUGUCCUUCCUGACCACCAAGCCAACCUCCGCAUGUGUUGUGAGCUGGCACUCUGCAAGAUUGUCAAUUCCCAUUGCGUGUUCCCACGGGAGCUGAAGGAGGUCUUCGCCUCCUGGAGAGUGCGCUGUGCAGAGCGGGGGAGGGAGGACAUUGCAGACCGCCUGAUCAGCAGCUCCCUCUUCCUGCGCUUCCUGUGCCCGGCCAUCAUGUCCCCCUCCCUCUUCAACCUGACCCAGGAGUACCCCGAUGAGCAGACCUCGCGCACACUCACACUCAUCGCCAAAGUGGUGCAGAACCUGGCCAACUUCUCCAAGUUCGGCAGCAAGGAGGAGUACAUGUGCUUUAUGAAUGAGUUCCUUGAGAUGGAGUGGGGCUCCAUGCAGCAGUUUCUGUAUGAGAUCUCCAACCUGGACAGUGUGAGCAAUGCUGGGGGCUUUGAGGGCUACAUCGACCUGGGUCGUGAGCUCUCCAUCCUACACAGCCUGCUCUGGGAGGUCAUGGCCCAGCUCAGCAAGGAUGCAAUCAUCAAGCUGGGGCCCCUGCCUCGUCUCCUGAAUGACAUAAGCAUGGCGCUGAGGAACCCUCACCUGCAGAGGCAACCCAGCCACCAGGCAGACCGGCCACCCCCCGAAAGGCAGACAGAGAGGCUGCUUUCCCGGCCGAGCUUCAACCGUGGGAUGUCCUCUGACUUCCAAAGCCUCAUGAUGCGGGACCUUAACAGCUCCAUAGACAUCACUCGCCUGCCUUCCCCUACCUCUGGUCUGUCCAGCGGUGGGGGCUUGUCUUCACGGGGUGGGAUGGGGCUCUCAGAUCGAGAUCACCAGCACAGGGCCUCAAAAGAUGUCUUCUAUGUGACCCGGCCACCCUUGGCACGAUCCAGCCCGGCUUACUGCACAAGUAGUUCUGACAUUACUGAGCCAGACCCGAAGGUUCUGAGUGUCAACAAAAGUGUGUCUAUGAUGGAUCUCCAGGACUCCAGAAUGAACAGCAUUUCUAACCUGCAGUCCGUGGGUGACAUGCUCAACUCCUCCCAGGCCUCCAUCGCUGGCCUGGGCAGCUUUGGAGGGCUGGCCGGCCUGGGUGGGGGCCUCCGUACAGGGGGCCGCCUUUCGGCUGGCUCGGGGGGCUCCAGCAUGUCCGGCGGGCUGCGGGUGAGCCAGCUGAGCCAGAUGGGGACCACCACGGAUUCCCUCUCCCAGCAGCAGCAGCAACAGGCGGCUGCCCUUCGCUAUCCUCUCUCCUUUCAGAACCCCUUAUUCCACUUGGCCACCGACGGGCCUCAGCUGCACCACCAGCACAGCCGCAGCCAGCUGCCCCCACCCCUGCUGCUUGCUCCUGAGCCCGAAGCCUCCAACUCCAGCUACAUUCCCCCCUUUGGGCACGGGGGUUUCUCCCGCAGUGAGGACCUGUCCACCCUUAGGCCUGGGGCUGGGCCCAGCAUGCUCCACUCCCACAGCUACAGCGACGACUACACCCGGCAGAACCAAGCCGACUUUAGCCGCCGUCAGCUGUCUCUGCAAGUCCAGGAAAAUCUUCAGCAGCCACAGCAGCCACAGCAACCCCAGACUGGCACCUCCCCUUCCUCCCUGGCAACACCUCCCUCCACAGUCCAACCAGUCCGCCAGAGCUCUAAUGCCGCACCUCCUUCUCAACGGGUAAAGUCCCAGCCCACCCAUCAGUUGUCUGUCGGAUCGGCCGCUGCCUCCACUCCUCCGACUAAGCAGCGCCCCCCCAGCGGAAACCUCCUGCAAUCUCCGGAGGCUGGCUUUGGUGGACGGCAGCAAGCACCGCGGCAGCAGCUGUCCGUCAAAGACAGCCCCGCCCCUGGCUUGCCCCAUCAACAGAGCACCACCAGGGAGACCCCGGGGCCACAGGGACAGCAAGGAGGUUCCACACCGGCUAACCAGCCGGCCCAGCAGCAGCAGCAACAACAGCAGCAGCAACAACAGCAGCCUCAACAGCAGCACCUGCUGAAGCCUUCUGUCACUAAACAGGGUUCACAAUCACCUUCUACCCUCAAUCCCCCGUCUGCGGCAUCUGAGCGGACCGUAGCCUGGGUUUCCAAUAUGCCUCACCUCUCAGCUGACAUUGAAACAUCACGCAUCGACCGGGAGGACUUCAAGCUGAAGGAGUACUCCAAGAGCAUGGACGAGUCGCGUUUGGACAGGGUGCGGGAGUAUGAAGAGGAGAUCCACUCCCUGAAGGAGCGUCUGAUGAUGUCCCAUCGCAAACUGGAGGAGUAUGAGAGACGGCUCCAAACCCAGGAGCAGCAGACCAGUAAAAUCCUCCUGCAGUAUCAGAGCCGUCUGGAGGACAGCGAGAGGAGGCUGAGACAGCAGCAAGCUGAGAAAGACAACCAAAUUAAAGGAAUAAUCAACAGGCUGAUGGCCGUUGAGGACGAACUGAGAGGUGGUGCGGUUCCUGACCUCAAGUCCAGAUUGUUUGCAGAUCAGCCAUUCACACGACGCCGAGGAGGCCACUCUGGAACCUAAUUGGCGGAGGCAAUGUGGGCAGACCUCCGAUUGGCCUGGCCUUAACGCAGAAGCCCUCCCACAGGAUCUGAUUGGCUGACACUGGGGGAAUACAGGGAAAGAGAUGAGCAGAGCUGUGGCCUCCUCCACAAAACCAAUGCUCCAGUUACUGAAACCAUGCUAUUGGAGGAUUCCACUUGUAUGGAUUGUCCCUUUUUGACUUUUUGCUAUCUCUCCUAAUUGGUUGAUUGCUUUUUUUUUUUUCUUUUUUUUUCUUUUUUUUUGUAUUUUGAAAUCACUGGAUUUGAAGUUACUUAACAGACAAAUAAUCAUUCUCCACUGAGUUCGUGCAAUGGCCUAUUUAUUGUAGCAUGUGAAGAACAGUUUCUUUGAUUGGCAGCGUGCUUGAUCUGUUUUGCCUUCAAUUUUGAUGGAAGAAACAUAGAAGAAGAAACACUUAAUCAAGGAAGAGACAGAUAAGGGGUAAGAUAUUUUUCGAAAGUACUUGCUUUUUAUUCCUUUGCAGUUUUUUUUCAUUCCUUACAGUCCACAGAAUUAAGAUUCUCUACGAAUUCUGUUCUGCUUCACUUCUACUCUUCUUAGAAUUUUAUUGGUGUCAUCAUUGCUCCUCCUUUGAUAACUUAGUGACUGGUCAUUCUUUCCUCUGUCGCUUUCCCUCUCUAUUUCUGCAUCUGUUUUAUUUCCAUCCAUGCGUUCCCACUUGCUGUAUAUCUUUUUCACUUGUACUUUCAGACCUUCAUUCAAGCCAUUUUAGGCUUUGCUCUCUAUCUCUAUCUUUGACAUACUUGGUUUACACAGCCUCUGUUUAACCGAAAGUGGUGUGUGGUUUGUGUAACUUCGGUGGAGGCUGGAGAAAAUAUCAUUUCUCUUUAUGUUAUUUCAAUUGUAUACCAUACUAUAGGAACAUUCCUUCUUCAUCUGGACUCUUCCUGAUUUAUAAUUAUUUUGUGAUAAUUAUAAAGACUCGGAAUACAAUCAAAGAAGUCUUAAAGCGAUCUUUUUUAUCAACGGACUUCUCGUGUGACAAUCUCAUUGGACAUUUUUCUUUUUGGUGGAUGUUUGUUCUUCUGGGAAUCGGAAAGGAACAAAACUGUUGCUCUACCUGCCCCCCGUCCGUCCCCAUUCCCGUGCUCCCGUCCCAGCAACGAUUUGGACGUUGCCUUGACCCGAUCCCCCUUCCCUCUGUCGUCUCUCUCCGUUCUGUCAAUACUGCCAGGCAGAAAGAGUAGUUUCGGAUGGAUUUUUGGACAAGUCCUGUGGAGCUCUUCAUUCGCCAACCGUGAGAGAUGCUUUGCGGAAGACUCUUGGCUUUUACUUCCAAUUUUUGUGCCCCCCCAGUUCUUUAUAUCAAACUUCUAAUAUGUGCUUAACUGAGCAGCUAGCUAGUCAAGUGCUUUGUCCAUGGAGUGGCGAAACAGAAACCUGGGGCAUAGUUUCUGUUUCUCUUCACGUUGUCUCACCGUAUGGACUCCAUUGACGUGCUGGUUGGAUAUUUCGCUUCUCGACACAAAAAAAAAAAAGAGAGAUCGAAAAUAUUGAGAGAGAUCAGAGGUUGAUUUUGUUUAAGUGAGUGAAUGUCUGUGAGUGUGUGUGUGUGUGUGUGUGUGUGUGUAUAUACUGUAAGUGUGU